ACCAGGCUUCAGCACAUGGGCACACAGACAGAAAGUGAGAGAGGGAAUGUGUGUGUGUGUGUGUGUGUGUGUGUGUGUGUGUAGGUGUGAACUGUGUCUGGUGAAGGAAACCAUUGCCCAGACAAAUCGGUUGUGUGGAUCCUGACACCUUUUUGUUUUCUUUCUAGAGGUUACGGGAACAGACUUGAAUAGCGUAACAAGGGUUUAUGGCUUGCUGCACCAAGUACAGACUCUUCUGAAUGUGCUUUUUGCAAGCACCCUGCAUGUUUUGUGUGCAGCGGUUCAGUUGUGCGUCUGUGCAUGCGAGCGUUAUGUGUGUGCGUCAGUGUGCAUUCCAUUAUUAUGCAGUUGAUUAUUAGGCCUCCUUCCUUCCACAUGGUCCCCUGGUCUCAGGCCAUCCAAAACGGAGUGUCUGAGGUUAUGGAGGAGGAAAGCAACUUGAAGAAACGAAAAAUUGAUCAACAAGGCAACCAGGUCUCUGAGACUGGUCAGGAGGUGGUGGAGAAAGUCAAAAAGCGACGGGGUCGCCCUCCUGCCGAGAAACUGCCACCCAACCCUCCCAAGCUCACAAAACAGAUGAACACCAUCGUAGACAUGGUCAUCAACUACAAGGACACGUUGGGCCGACAGAUCAGUAAAGGUUUCGUUCAGCUGCCCUCAAGGAAAGAGGUGCCAGAGUACUACGAGCUCAUCCGCAAGCCAGUCGACUUCAGGAGGAUCAGGGAGAGAGUACGUAAUCACAAAUAUAGGUGCAUUGCCGACCUGGAAAAGGAUAUCAUGCAGAUGUGCCACAAUGCUCAGACCUUUAAUCUGGAAGGAUCUCAGAUCUUUGAGGACUCCAUUGUUUUGAAGUCAGUUUUUGAAAGUGCAAGACAGCGAAUAGUGGAACUCAGCGAGGAAGACAAUGAUGCUGUUGGAAGCAGUGAAGCAGAUGGUGGCCAACUUUUAAAUCUAGAUCCUCCUGUUUCGGAAUCCACAAAUCCCAAGCUGGAUGAAAAAAAGGAGAAAAAUAAAACCGAUCCUAGUAAUACCAGUUCAAAGAAGGUCACAAACAGUGACGAAGACCUUGGCAAAGAAUGUGAGAAUAACACAAGAGGACUAUUAAAUUAGACCCCAAAUGACAGUCUGAUAAAAAGAGCAUUGUAUGCCAUUUUAAGAACAUUGUAUGGCCAUUUUAGUCCCGUUUUCUUGAUGUUUCGGUCAAGGAAUUGCUCAGAAUGUGAUCUCUCAUUAUUAUGGUUGCUUAAAACUCCUUUGUAAAACCUUUGUAUUCUAAAAAUAACAUUGUUAAUGCAGUGCUUCUGCAGUGAUACAUCUGAAAUUGGCAUUGUUUUCUCAUGUAUUUAUAAAAUGUAAAUAAGUCAUAAACCCAAAAUAGAUAUAAAAUAUCAUGGUAAAAAGGUCUAUAAGUUCGGACUGCCUGCAAACUUUCACUUUUUUGUGCCCCAAGGAUGAAAAAUUGGUGGUAUGACACAUUAUGAUAUUGUAUGAUCAUUUAAACGGAUGCAUUCAAUCUUUCAAGAUGGUAUAAGCUGUGCUAAAUUUGCAAGCUAUUAUGUCUCUGUUUCAGAGAAUUUUUAAUCUGUGUUUUUUGUGACUAUGAGCACUUUGUCAAUCCCUCUUUGUAUGUUUCCCUUUCCUUCAUUAACUGUUAACAUCUUUUUUGUUUUUUAAAGGAACAUUUUUAUCCGCAGCUCUUUAUCUUUCUUUAGUAAUCACAGGAUCUUAACUAUCUAUACACAGAGGACUUGGGGCAUGAUGGCAAUGUAUUCUUUGGUGACAGAUCAGAUACUGCCCUCAAAGAGAGGCACCUAUUGAUGCUGUCACGUUUGUGUGUUUAGUUUAUGAUGGAUGGGAGAAGUGGUGUGUUUGUGGACAGAUUCUGAAAUUAAAGUGUAUGGGGUUUCUAUGAUGUGGAAGGGCAAGGUUUAAAUCAUCAUAUUACAAAAAUAAAAGGUUUUAUGAAAUCA